AUGGUUAUCGGCACUGAAUUAAAAAAGAAUAAGACUAUGUUGAAAAAGUCUUUCCCAAAGAAAAACCAACCUAUUCAAUCUGGAACUAAAUCGGCUUAUGAUUUAGUGGCUAAGGAUUUAUUCUCCACUCUCAAGAAAGCCAAAGAUGGAGCAGUUAUCAAUAAAUUUAACGCAAUGAAUAACCAUUACCAGCCCGAACAACAAAAUAAUCAAGAGCAAGUUCAAACUAAACCAGAACCAUCAGGUUUAAUAAAAAUGGUGGGACAAUCCUUGCCUUUUUUACCUCUAUUGUUCGAACAGUUCACUGGUCAAAAAAUCCCCCAAAUGGGUGGCACUAUUUUUGAAAUCCAAAUGGCUUUAAACCAAGUAAUUGCUAGUCAGCAA